AUGGGUCGUAAGAAGGCCGUUGCUGACGAUCUUCUGGCCGACAUCCCCAACAUUAUUACCGUUCAAUCUUCACCAUCCCAGUCUCAACCAAAGCCAAAGCUAAAGAGGCUGAAGAAAGUCCAACCCAAGGCAACGAGUCGAGGCCAAGAUGAAGACUUUGAUGGAUCAGGCCAAGGCGAUGAGGCUGAGGAAAGGGCUGGCGCUGCUGAGGCCAUUGCUAAGGUGCACGAAGCUGAGAAAAAAGAGGCUGAGGCAAAGACUGCAGAAGCCCAAGUCGAGCUUAUUGCUGUCUUGGCCAUAAAGGACGCCGAGAUAAAAGCGGCCCACGAGAAGGCAUACACCGAGGGGGCAACCGGCGUCUGUGAGGACUAUAAAAAGCAAGUGAAGCAGACAUGCAAUAAGGGUUUCACCCUUGAUUGGAUGGCUACUUUAAAAGAGUUGGCUGUCUCCGAGGAUUCUCCUCUCAAGAAUGCUAGCAACCUUGUCCUGCCAUUCCCUCCCUCUCUAAGCCAGUUCGAGGAUGAAGUUGAGUCCGAAGAUCAGGUUGAGGCCGAGAAGAACGAAGAAGCUACUGGGGCCAAGUCCCCGACUCUGAAUGGGCAAGUCUUAGACUUGACUCAGGAUGAGGUCCAAAAGACCACUUCUGAGGCUGAGGUCGAGGCUGCCAACAAAAGUAUUGAUGAUACACUUCGUGAAAUCGACGUUGAGGUCCAAGUCGACAAAUUUGCCCAGCUGUCUGCCGAGGCUAACACAACGCCAACUACCGAGGCAGGGCAGACUGUGGAAAAUACAUAA